AGCUAAAUCAAGCUAGUAAUACACACCCAAUUCUCGAAUUCUCGUUCUUAAUUUUGUUCUUACGAUCCGCUCUGUAGACCGGAUCAUUUGGUGGAUUUAUUGUCCAUCAAAUUGGUGCUUUCAUUGAGAGCUCGAGAAUCAUACUCAGAAGAAAUCCUCCACAACGACGAUGGUGCAAACACGUAGCAACGCCAACGUAGGUACCGGAGUUCCCCAACAGAGGGAGAACAGCGCCACCGGAGGCCGGCACCCCCCCAUCACCAUCGGGGAGGCUGAGGCCCUCAUUCAGAGGGUUGGGAUCACGGCCGAACAAUUCAAGGAGGUGCUGGCCGCACUUGCGCCCAACCGCGAGGUUGUGGUAGGAGAUGUGGCUGGGGGACCCACAGGCGGGAAGGCUGGACCUGCAGGCUCCCAAGGAAAAAAGAAAAAAGCGAGGCGGUCCCAGAAGAAUAAGGCGACCAAGCCUAAUGGGAAGGCUAUGUUGGCAGAUGCGCUUUCCAGGCUGGAAGAAGAGGACGAGUCGUCCUCCAUCGAGCGGAUGUCUGCUUUUGACCGUUUGGGAGACCCCAAGUCAAAGAAACCUCGGACCUCUGCGUUCGAACGGUUGCAGGACACUCGGUCGGCCCGAAAAGGCGACUUGAGAGACACGCUCAAGGAGAAGAGAGGGGAGUCCACAGCGACCUCCAAGGUCGGUUCUGAGGAGCGACGGACGACAGUCGGGGAUAAGGGCGCAACCGAGCUGUGGAAAAUGUACGAACAAUUGGAGAAACGGCUGGAUGCCAGAACCCCUAUCGCCAGGCGGUCUUCAGUGAGCCGGAGACAAAAGCUCCCCUUCUCGCAUUUGCUCAAUGUGAAGAUCUGGAAGGGGGAACAGCUCCGGGAGUUCAUUAAUAGGUGGGAGAAGGAGGCUAGGGAUGUCCAAGGGGCGGACGACCAAGCCCUGAUCGCCAUGCUCCAAGCUGCACUCCCCCAAGGGGAUGUGCGGAAGGAGCUGCGACGGAAUCCUCUCUCGACCUAUCAAGAGAUGUUGGCCAAGGCGAAGUACCUGGUGCUGGAAGAGGAAGAUGAUGAGCCACCAGUCCGGAAGGAGAAGAAAAGCGGGCCACCGGUGGCAGAAGGAAAGAAAAGGAAGGAUUAUGGUAAGGGGCCGAACCCCACCGGGUAUCAUGCGAACAGGCAUCCUGUUCACGCGGUACAGUCGUUGCCGGCCCCUCCUCAUGGUCGGGAAAGCUAUGGUGUGCAAGAUGCACCCAAAUACAACGAGUACCACCGUAACAGCACCCAUAACACGUCGGAGUGCGUUACGUUGAAGAAGGAGAUGGAUCAGCUGAUCGCUAGAGGGCCACCUCCUCGGUCGGAGCGACCGUCCUCAAGUAACCGGACCUGGAGGAGGCCGCCAGCCCCCACAGCAGCGAUCACAGCAGGAGAGGGGCAAGAAGAUGGACGGCGGCACCUAGGGCGAGAUUUGAUGACCUAGAUGAGGAGGAGAGGCAAGGUCGCCGACACCUGGGGUGUCGGUUCAUCAUGGGAGGAAACACUGGAGGAGAUUCGGUAUCCUCCCGGAAGAAGUGGAAGAACAUGGUGUACCUGGCCGAGGUACAAAGGCUGCCGCUGCAUAAGAGAAAGAAGAAGGAACCUCUGAUCUUUACAGACGAGGAUUAUCCCCUAGUCCUCAGCCCUCACAGGGACGCUCUGGUGAUAAGAGUGGAGAUCAAUAAUGUGGUUGUUCACCG